CAAACGCAGCGCCUCCUCGCAAUUAUCGCGGUUGCAUAAAAAUACAUGAUUAAUCUGUUAUAGAGGCGAAUUUGGGUUCGUUCGGAAUGAGGCUUUGACUCCAUCCGAGCAAAACUACCCGAAUAAAACAUUAUUAUAGCACAGGACAUCAACAUUUAACAUUUAACCGAUGCUCAUUUACAGCAGGUGGCGUUGCUUGUAUAACCUAUAAUCGCGUUUCGAUCCGGAACUUGGAUUGGAUCUGCCUGUUGUUCAGAUUCAGCACUGGACAGCGACCGAUUUUGUCGCUCGGACAUUCAAAACGACAAGGAAUACUCGAGAAAGGUCGAAUCGACCCUUGCUUGGCUCGGGGCAAUGCGCGGCUAGAUGACUUCACUACAUCAACAAGCACGGUAGCCCUGGACUAAAUAUAUCACCACACCCCCCUGCCUUCUCUCUUCCUUCUCUCUCAUCUUGAGCGCCUCCCGCCCGCUAGCACCAUGGGUAACCGAGGAAUGGAGGAUUUGAUUCCGCUGGUCAAUAAACUCCAGGACGCUUUCAGCGGCAUCGGUCAGAGCUGCAAUCUUGACCUGCCACAAAUCGCGGUAGUCGGCGGACAGAGCGCUGGCAAGAGCUCGGUGUUGGAGAACUUCGUUGGCAGGGACUUCCUGCCCCGAGGCUCUGGGAUCGUCACCCGCAGGCCCCUUGUCCUGCAGCUCAUCAGUGCCAAUGCAGAAUGGGCAGAGUUCUUACACUGCAAAGGGAAGAAAUUCACUGACUUCGAUGAGGUUCGCCAGGAGAUUGAGGCGGAGACUGACCGCAUUACUGGGGCCAAUAAGGGCAUCUCUCCCGUCCCCAUCAACCUGCGCGUCUACUCCCCACAUGUGCUGAACCUGACCCUGAUUGACCUGCCAGGCAUCACCAAGGUGCCCGUGGGGGACCAGCCAGUGGACAUUGAGCAGCAGAUCAGAGACAUGAUCAUGCAAUUCAUCUGCAGGGAGAGCUGUCUCAUCCUGGCUGUCACUCCGGCCAACUCUGACCUGGCCAACUCAGACGCCCUCAAACUGGCCAAAGACGUUGACCCCCAGGGCCAGCGGACCAUAGGAGUGAUCACCAAGCUGGAUCUGAUGGAUGAGGGAACUGACGCCAGGGAAGUCCUGGAGAACAAGCUGCUGCCCCUAAGGAGAGGUUAUAUUGGAGUGGUGAACCGCAGUCAGAAGGACAUUGAUGGAAAGAAGGACAUCAAGAUGGCUAUGGCUGCUGAGAGGAAGUUCUUCCUCACUCACCCGGCCUACAGACACAUGGCCGAAAAGAUGGGCACCCCGUGCCUACAGAAAGUCCUCAACCAGCAAUUGACCAACCACAUCCGCGACACGCUGCCGGCGUUCCGUAGCAAGCUGCAGACUCAGCUUCUGUCUCUGGAUAAGGAGGCCGAGGAGUACCGGGGAUACCGCCCUGAUGACCCGGGACGUAAGACCAAGCAACUGCUGCAGAUGGUGCAGCAGUUCUCCGUGGACUUUGAGAAGCGCAUCGAGGGCUCUGGGGACCAGGUGGAUACUGUAGAGCUCUCUGGUGGAGCCAAGAUCAACCGUAUCUUCCACGAGAGAUUCCCUUUCGAACUGGUCAAGAUGGAAUGUGAUGACAAGGAGAUGCGGCGGGAGAUCAGCUACGCCAUCAAGAACAUUCACGGUAUCAGGACUGGCCUGUUCACUCCAGACAUGGCAUUUGAGGCCAUUGUGAAGAAGCAGAUAGUGAAGAUCAAGGAGCCGUGUAUCAAGUGUGUGGACAUGGUCAUUCAGGAGCUGAUCAACACUGUGCGCCAGUGUACCAACAAGCUGGAUUGCUUCCCCAGACUGCGUGAGGAAACAGAGAGGAUUGUGACCUCACACAUCAGAGACAGAGAGAGUAGGGCCAAGGACCAGGUGUUGCUGCUGAUCGAUGUCCAGCUCUCAUACAUCAACACUAACCAUGAGGACUUCAUAGGCUUUGCUAAUGCACAGCAGAGCAGCAAGCAGAGCAGCAAGCAGAGUAAUGCUGCAAGCCAGGUCAGCCAGGUCAUCCGUAAGGGCUGGCUAACCAUCAACAACAUCAGCAUCAUUAAAGGUGGGGCCAAGGAGUACUGGUUUGUCCUGACCGCUGAGAGCCUGUCCUGGUUUAAGGAUGAUGAGGAGAAGGAGAAGAAAUACAUGCUCCCUCUUGACAACCUGAAGGUGCGAGACGUGGAGAAAGGCUUUAUGUCCAGCAAGCACGCCUUCGCCAUCUUCAACACCGAGCAGAGGAACGUGUACAAGGACAACCGUUUCCUGGAGCUGGCCUGUGACACUCAGGAUGAGGUGGACAGUUGGAGGGCUUCUCUCCUUCGCGCUGGGGUCUACCCCGAAAGAUCUUCCAAUGUGGAGAGUGAGGGCGGCGGCUCCUCGUCCUCGUCCCAGGACAACUUUUCCAUGGACCCUCAGCUGGAGCGAAAAGUGGAAACCAUCCGCAACCUGGUCGACUCCUACAUGGCCAUCGUCAACAAGUGCAUCCGCGACCUCAUGCCCAAGACCAUUAUGCACCUCAUGAUCAGCAACGUGAAGGACUUCAUCAACGCGGAGCUGCUGGCCCAGCUGUACUCAGCCGGGGACCAGGGUGCCCUGAUGGAUGAGUCCCAGGAGCAGGUCCAGAGGAGGGAUGAGGUCCUCAGGACCCACCAGUCCCUGAAGGAGGCCCUGGCCAUCAUAGGAGACAUCUCCACCACCACCAUCUCCACCCCCAUGCCGCCACCCGUGAACGACUGGCGCAGUGGAGGUGGCAACAGGUCUCCUCCAACCAGUCCCACUGGUUCCAGGAGGAUGUCAUCAGGCCAGCGCCCUAGUCCCGGAGGGGGGCGAGGGGCUCCACCCCCUCCAAACCGCCCAGGACCCCUGGGGCCCUUCAACAACAGUGCUGAUAGCCCCCAGGUCCCCAGCCGCCCCAACCGGGCCCCUCCCAGCAUCCCCAGUCGGCGACCUCCUCCUUCUCCAACAAGAAAUGUCCCCCCAUCUUAAGCAGUCAAAGGAGCUUGUGAUCUCUUAAGGGCCUAGCGCUCAUCCCCUAGCGCUCAUCCGUCCCCAUACCAACCCCAUUCCCCCUAUCCUCCACAAGCCCCUCUUCUGUCUAUCCUUUACAUAGUGCAGACAUUGAACCUUUUGCCCUCUGUCCCUGACCCCUGACCUCACGCCAGGUGACGAUCAAUGUCCAUGUAUCUAUGUACAGUAUGGUGCUUGUCUUGUGGUGUAUCUUUCUGUAUGUGUGCUUGUGCUCACCUGUGGUCCAGGUCUGUUUAGCAGAUCCAGUUCCGACUGAGUUUCAGCCCCUAGAAAACCCCCAUCUCCCUUACCUAGAACCCAACUUGCUGUCCCUAGAACCCCAUCCUCACCCUCCACCCACCUCCACCUAGACCCCACUUGCUGCUUCUCUACAUAUCUAUGCUCAGCAGUGGCACUGCCCUACCCAUUCCAAAAUGCAGCAUGGCACAUAGGUCUGCUUUUAUUGCAUGUGUGUGUGUGUGUGUGUGUGUGUGUGUGUGUGUGUGUGUGUGUGUGUGUGUGUGUGUGUGUGUGUGUGUGUGUGUGUGUGUGUGUGUGUGUGUGUGUGUGUGUGUGUGUGUGGGAGGGGGACUAAUUGGCCUAUCUAGGCCAAGUUAGUUUUAGUAUCAUAUAUUACAUAUUGUACAACACCUUCUUUCUGUGGGUUAUUGGCUAGGUGUUCAUUCUUCUCUUAGAGAGGAAAGAAUAUGUCUUAGUGGAGUGUGUGUGUGUGUGAAUGUUAGUGUGUGCGUAUAUUUGUGCAUAUAUAUGUGUGUGAGAGUGUGCCAACACGUGUGCAUGUAUUGUCUGUCUGCACGUUGGUUUGAUGUUUGAGUUGUAAGCUGUUAAUAAAUCAAGACCCUUGGGACUAAUUUGAUGUUGGAUUACUGUGUGAUUUGUUCCUGUGUUGUAGUAGCAGUCAAUACACAUAGAACAAGGCUGAGGAUAUUGUUCAAAGCAAAACAGCCUCAAUAAAUGGUAUGCCUGUAUCUACUGUAUCACUGGUCAAGUGGAGAUCUUCCUCACACCUUUAAGCUCAAACUCACAGAGGCUGGCUGGCGAGAUGGCAGGAAGUAUUCCCAAUGCACAGAGAGACAGAGAAACACACUGAUAUUACCAGCCACAGUUAUGGGAAGAUACAUAUCUCUGUGUGACUGAGAACAGUGACAUUCUCCAUUUAGACUUUGCCUCAGGUUGGAUUCAAACCUCCCCUGUGUUCAUGACUGAUCACAUGCCACUUCAGAACUGUGUAAAACAUAUCCUCCUCUCACUGUCCUCCUCCUCUCCCUGUCCUCUCCUUUUCUCCUCUCCCUCUUCCUCCCCAGUCCCGAGUCCAGGCAGCCACUGUGCCCAGAGCUUAAGGUGGAUUUGUGUAAAGUGCUCUCUGUCAGUUUGUUAUUGUGUAUGUAUGUGGUCCUCUUUUGAGACUGUGUUCUGCAGUACAUACAUACAAACCAAGGUAUUAAUAAUACAGAGGUGACUGUUGACUAUAAUGACCUUGUUACAAUCUAGCGCUUGUUCUCUCAAUGUCUCUAGUGUUCUCUCGCUCUACUUCUCUAAAUAGAUCAAUUAGACCGCCAUAGUGGCAUGAGUUACAAGUCUGUAUUGCCAAAGUAAAUUAUAGAAAGGAAAUCAUACAAUAUCAAGCAGAACAUCAACAAUGUGGUUCCUAUAGUUAUGAAAAUAUAUUGUAUGUAGGAGGAUUUAGAUUAAUUGGGAAUUGAAUUGCAACAGUGGUUCUUUUCUUUCUGUGUGUCUGUAUCUCUCUUCAAUAAACUAUUCCCCUCCCACUU